ACACAUGAUAGUUCUAGAAUGCAUUGUUGUUAUUAAAGCAGUUCGACAUUCAAUCUAUCACUCAUGAAUGAAGUGCUGCUGGUGAAAUGCUAGAAAUUGCGUAUUUUACUUUUUUUUUAUUUACACAUGGAAUUUGCCUGUGUGGUCAUUUAUUCUUUUCUUCAUCCCCUUUUACUGACGUACGUAUGUAUAAUGUUCUAUAAUGAUCUCGUUUUCCCUCGUUCUUUCUAAUAGCAGAACUUUGCAUGCGUUUGUUCUUUGAACCACUCGUCAUCUCAACAAGUCUCAUCACAAACUUUAAAGCAAUUAUACAUUCGCUCUCACCUUUGUAAUGUCACUUAUUAUUUUUACUUUAUUGGUUUAUAGUGUCCUUCUCGGUUGACCUGACCUUAUUUUUCACAUAAAUAUUUUUUCACUGGAAACAAAUAAAUACUUCCUUAUUUUUAUCGGACGGAAUAAUAACUUUUAUUUUGUGAAUUUAGAUGGGUUUUUUUUCAGUCAGGUUUUCUUACGUACGUAGCACAAUGCAAACAUUUACAUUAUGAAUCUAUCAGCGAUAAAAAAAAAAAGAUAAAUAUCUAAUUAAAAUACUUUCCCAUUAAAUGAAUUUGCAUGCAUUUAGUAGAUAAUUGUAAAACAGUUAUGCAGAUCAUCUUGGUUGAUUAUGGUGCGUUCCUGUAAUUAAAUUGUAUUUUACAUUUAACAUCUUCGCAUACCUGCACAAUGGUGUUAACAUGUUUGCAGUGACGACAGCGGAAACACAGCGACAGAGCGUAUCUCUGGGCACGCCCCCUUAACCACGUGACCGCUGGGUCUCUGUGAAGUUUUGCACGAGUGACAGCUCUUCUGAAGACAUGCGUGUGGCAGUGAUUGGAGCUGGAGUCAUUGGCCUGUCGACUGCUCAGAGCAUUUAUGAGCAGUAUCACUCCAUCGUUUCGCCACUGACCAUCGAGAUAUAUGCCGACUGUUUCACCCCACUGACCACCAGUGAUGGAGCUGCGGGCUUCUGGCAACCAUAUCUCUAUGAUAAGGGCAACAUCCAAGAGACAAAGUGGAAUAGAGAGACCUUUGACUACCUGCUGAGCUGCCUGCGCUCACCGGACUCCAUCAAGAUGGGCAUAUUCCUCCAGUCUGGAUACAACCUGUGCAGUGAACAAUGCCCGGAACCAUCAUUCAAAGACAUCGUCCUUGGCUUCAGAAAACUCACAGAAAAAGAGCUGGCACUUUUCCCUGGUUACAAUUAUGGCUGGUUCAACACUGCUCUGAUGGUGGAAGGUAAAUCAUAUUUGCCUUGGCUGACCGAAUGGUUGCAAAAAAGAGGAGUGAAAUUUUAUCACAGGACAGUUGCAUCUUUUAAAGAGCUUGCAGAGACUGGGGCAGAUGUGAUCAUAAACUGCACUGGGAUGAGAUCCGGCGAGCUCCAGCCUGACCCGGAACUCAAACCAGGACGUGGACAGAUUGUGAAGGUGGACGCUCCGUGGUUGAAGCAUUGGAUUAUCACACAUAAUAUCGCCAGAGGCGUAUACAACUCACCAUACAUCAUUCCAGGGAGUCGACUUGUGACGGUUGGUGGAGUGUUUCAGAUCGGAAACUGGAGUGAACAAAACAACUCCAUCGAUCACAAGGAGAUCUGGGAGCGUGCUUGUCAGCUGGAGCCGAGUCUCAAGCAUGCCAGGAUUGUAGAGGACUGGUCUGGUCUCAGACCUGUCCGCAACAAAGUCAGACUGGAGCGGGAAACCAUACGCCAAGGCCCAGCUCCGAUAGAGGUGAUUCACAACUAUGGUCACGGUGGAUAUGGACUCACCAUUCACAGAGGCUGUGCUCAAGAAGCAGCCAGACUGUUCGGCGAGAUAGUGAAGGAGAAGGGGUCCGGACCCAAGGCUCGCCUGUGACUGUCGUUUUGGUUGUCUCAGCACUUUGACUCUCCGGCAGAACCAACUCUGGACUAGUUGAAUCCAUGAAUUACAUAGAAGACGCAGGUUAAAACGCUGCCUUUCUCUUCCUUUUGAAAUAACCACAUAGACUCUGUUGUCUCUUUGAAAGGUCAUUUACUACAUCAUCACCCAGUGCAGUGACAAGAUUCUCUGUGACAUAAUGCAGCACUUGACCCAGAAACACCAGCAGAGACAAGGUGAACCUUUAAACCGUCUUCUGUCAUAACUACUCUGUUGUGCCAUCUUCUCUAUACAAAAGUGAAGAUAACAACUAAGCACAUAUUACCUGUAGUAAUUGUGUGUCUGCUUAGGGCAAAAGGUCGAUAUUUGGUCCUUACUAAUACCAGUAACUAAUUUAAUCACAUAAUGUAAUGGAACUGAUCACAUUUCUUGAUUUUAUUUUUUACUUUAUGCUUUCUGAAGACAAGAUAAAUCUGGGUAACUCUGCUGUUCUCAGUGAAAAGUAUUGGAAAAUAAUUAAAGUAUAUGUGACGCACGACUUUUCCUUUAAGUUGUCCUGCAAAUGAUGAGUUGCUACAUGACUAAAGAGAGAGAAGUCUCACACAACAGGGAUAUCGCAAGGUAAUUUAAGGUAUCUGGUUAUCUCUUAAGUUGAUUGGCUGGACCUGAUUCCAGCAGGUCUGACGUUAGCCAUCACUAGAGUCACGCAGGUUCAGUCAGAAGGAGCACUUUUUCUUCAAUGGCCUUCUAGCUAGCCAGGUCUCUGUACCCCCAGUGCACAGUGACACGGUGCCCACCUGUGACAGCAAAGGUUGUUUCACACUACACACUGACACUCCAGAUACUGUGUCAUCAUCUGGCCCGGUUCAGCCACUGUUGUGUCUAACAUGAAGGAUGGUGGGGACUGGAGAUGAACGCAGGAAGUAGGUCGAGCGUGCUCGCUUUCUUUUAUCCUUGCGAGCCACAGUCAGAAUGAAGGUUUUCCCCCAUGCUGUUGGACGAGGCCUUCAUCUCCUGACCCCACUCUCGGUUGCUGGACUCCUGCAGGCCGCGGCCCGUCGUCUCAAUCGGCAGUGCACAGGAAGCGAAGGCAGCUAAAAGGCAGCAGCAGCAGUAGACAGAGAGAGCCAGGUAGACGGAGGACUCCAGCAUCACCUAGAGAGCAGCCACAACACGUCAGUGCUCCUCAUGCCUCCGCCAUUUACAGGAUUGACAGUACAGUGCGUUGAGUAUGGGUCUCAGAUCCUUUCUUCAUCCAUUUGUGCACAUAAAAUACAUUAUUAUUCGCAGGAAAUCCUCUCAUGUAGCUUGACAAACAACUGUACUCUGUCGUACUUCUGUUGCCAAAAUGUGUGUGCACCCGUUCAUACAUCAUCAGUGUUUACAAUCCCUGAAUGAGUCAUUCCCGCAAGGUGAAUUAAAAAUUUAAAUAGUUACCAACAUGAAUAAAUAAAUACCAUCACUAGGGGAAAAGGAAGCUGGGCAAAAUAAACACAAUAAGUAACAAUAAAUAAAAUGUUUUUUUUUUUUUGUAUGAAUGAUUUACAGGUGAAUUUGAUUCCGAUUUCCAUUUUUCUUUAUUUGCAUAAAAUUAGUCUGGCACCAAUGGCAACAUAUAAAAGCAGCUUCUAAAUGCAAUAUUUUCAUUUUAUUCAUGUUUGAAUUAUAGUCCCACCUGGGCAACAAAGGGUGUUAUGAGGGCACCAACUCUCGCCAUCCCACUGCUGGUUCCCAGACCUAAAGCUCUGGUGGCUGUUGGAUACACCUGCAAUGUGACGAACAACAAUGAAGAGGCGUUUAGAAUUGGAUGGGGGGGGGGGGAGUGCCUGAAUACUCGUCCUUGAGCAGGUGUAGACAACAGGGAUUCAUUUUCAUGAGAAAAACAUUGAUAAUGAGCAAGUAGAAACAUAACUCAAUAGCUCAAGACAGUUUGAAAAAUGAAAAAAAUAUGAAUGAACAUGACAAAGUACUUCAUGAUGAAAAUAUGCGUAACUUAAACAGCAAAUUCUCCAUAUAAAUUCACAUCAUUUAGACCCUCUGAUGUGGAGUCUUUACCUCGGGAGUGUACACAUACGCAGCCUGGAAUCCUCCUGCGAUGAACGCUCGAGCGACGAAUAUUAACACUGUCAUGGAUGUUCUAGAGCAGAGAUCAGUGGUGAAGCCAGACAGAGGUUACAUUUGAUGUUCCAGUUUCUCCAGACUCUACCUUCCCACGCAGCCGUAGAGAGGAAUGAUGCACAUAGAGAAGACGAAGAAACAAAGCGCCAUGGUCUUCCUCCUUCCCAGUCGGUCAAUGGCCCACAGUGUCACCAGCAGUCCUGUGGAAGAUUGUAACCAUUUCACCCUCAAUUGUGUUGUCUUUCAGCCAAUUUAUAAAUAUGUUUUAAAAUAUAUAUUUACUACGCUUAAUUCAUAAAGAUAGUUUUGAAACCAGGGAUCCAUGAAUCUUGAGCUGAUCAACACAAACUUGCAUCCUCUUGGGCCUAACCCUUUGUUGGCUUGCUUUAUGCACUAGCAAUAAUAACUGAUUCCAAGUUGAGAUUUUCAAAAGACAGAGUCUACGGGCCAAAAAUUGGUCCCUGGACCAGACAUACGAACAGCCCUCAUGGAGCCAGAGUAAAACUAUAAAACUGACCAUGUUGGAAUGUUUUUGACAGUCUUAUUUUGCGUGGGUUUUAGUGCAUUACUGGUGCAACUGAUGUGUAACUUCCUUGUUAUAAAUAUAUAUGUAUUUUUAAAAUUUCUAAAAUUUUCGAAGUACCGGUAUUUCUUAUCCCUUAAAAUACAUCUACAUACAUACAUACAUAUGCAUAUUUUUUUAAUGGAAUUUCAUAAUUAUUCACAAUAUCCUCACUUGAUUUUUUCCCAUCAUAUCAGCAUUCUCUUUCUCGUCACCUGCUUUCUUAGGGCUGGACGGUAUACAGUAUAUAAUUCCUGCUUUAAAAGUGGUAUCAUUCAGUAGUUGGGGUGAGUAGAAAUACCUGUUCUGAAUACAUUUUCAAGGCAAGAAAAAAAAGAGAAGAUAUAUUUACCAGGGAAUUCUGAUAAAGUGGUCCACAAAAGGUCUUUGUAGUCGUCCGAGUUGAGAUAUUUACAUUCUAAACUGCAGGGGGCGUCCAUCUUAUUAGUCUUGGACACUGCAGGGGACAUAAACAGAUUGCAUGUCACAUGAAAGGUCUGGUGCGAAGCCUCCGAUGGAACCACAUGCAUGUGAGGCUAGGAUGAGGAGGAUGAGGAGCUCAUUCAUGCCAUAGUGACUUCUGAGUUGCCCCAUGCAUUUUAUGCAGGACAGAACAUAAACAAAUAGAGUCUAAGUUUGUGUGACUCACUUCCACAGACUCCUCCUUCCUGGAACAGCUCGGUGGUCAGCAGCACCAGCCCGUAGUAGGAGAAGGCAUUCGCAAACCUGUGAACGAUUGAAAUGAUGACCAUAACAAUGUGGCUAUGAACUGUUGUAUUUGGUUUAUCAGCUCACCAAAUAAACCAGAGCAGAACUGUUGUCCAUCGAAAAUGUGAGGAAAAUAAAUCUUGAAACUUCC